GGGUUAUGUUAUGACCUGCGGCGCGUGGCGAAAGGAGGAAAAUCCGAAGGCAUUAGAAUUGGGAUGUUCCAUUCCAUCGAAUGCGAUGUGAUUGGCUCCUCCGUUAGGGCAAAAUAAUGGCGGGAGCUACUGCGUCCUGUGUUUUCUGUGCGAUUGCCACCAAAUCCACCUCUCUUCUUCAUUCCGACGAUAAGGUCGUGGCUUUUCAGGACAUUAAUCCAUCUGCAUUCAGGCAUUACUUGGUAGUUCCUGUGGCGCACAUUCCGACUGUUAAAGAUCUCCAGAGAAAAACUGAUGACUAUUCUUUGGUGAGUCACAUGUUAGAGGUGGGGAAAACGUUAUUACAUAGAGAUGCACCUCAGUCCCAGCAGUACAGGUAUUUAUUGGGUUGUUUACAACUGUGCUUAUUAUUUUCUGCUUGUCCAGUUUGUGAUAUUAGAUUGAUCCAUGAUGCUGAUUUAAAUUGUAAUUCCUACCACUAAUUGUUACUUGAAGUAUGGGUUUCACACCUACAAGGACUUGUUUGGAUCACUUUCUUUAGAAACACUUCUAAGAGAGAAAAAUAGGAAGAAAAAAGCAAAGUAAGUAGCUAAAACUAACUUAUACAUGAGUUAAAAAUAAGAUUUUGGAG